AUGUCAGAUGUAGCUGCUAAAAACGAGGCACACUUCGAGUGGGAACCCCAGGCUGGCCAUUCUGCUCCUGCCGCUGCCCGUACGUACGAAAGCCGAAUCGCAGAAGCUCUCCGAAUUAUCGGCGAGGAGAUCGGUCACCGCUAUAAGUGGAUUUGCCCACGAUGGAACGAUACUCCUGGCAAUGCGAAAUCGUUCCGGAUGCUAGACUAUGCAUGUGGUGCAGGAUCCAUGACUCGAGCUUUGCUACCAUAUGUGACCGAGGUCAUAGGAAUAGAUGUAUCCCAGAACAUGGUGGCGGAGUAUAACAAGAAUAUAGCUGCCGCUGGCUUCCCGGCGGAGAAGAUGUUUGCCGAGAAGGGGAACCUGUUAUCAGAAACGCCUGCCCAGGAAUUUUCGGACCCAAAGUACUUCAACUUUGAUCUCGUCAUCAUUGGAUUUGCUCUUCACCACUUCGAAGCUCCAGACUUUGCAUUAAAGAGAUUAGUUGAGAGACUAGCGCCUGGUGGCAUUUUGGUGGUGUUGGAUUUCACGGAGCACACGCUUAAAGUUGGAAACGGGAUCACGACAUCUGGAUUUAGCCCCGAUCUGAAGCAGAAAUUCGAAGGGGCAGGAGUAGGCGGCAGAUUCGAUUAUUUACUGCCGGACAAAGGGGUUAUGCACGGAAACCCCCCCAAUGAGCUGCGGUACUUCAUGGCUCGUGGAGAGCGCCUUUAG